AAAAUUAAAUUUGUAAUUAUUCUGUGAUCAUAAUCUUUAAAAAACACUUUUUGGUUUUGUGCAACCACAUAAGUAAAUAUUUUGUUUUGUACUACGGCAAAUAUGAUUGGAUUGAAACAAAAACGACCCAAGACACUUAACCUUUGUAGAAUUUGUUUAACUUACAGUCCUUCAAUGAGAGAAAUGUCUGAAGCUGGUUGUGGAAUUUCAACGAUACGGGAAAUUCUUGAGAAAGUUAUGUGUUGUGAGAUUAUAAUCAAUCAAAAAACCCCUAAUACGAUUUGUUCAGUUUGUUUGAGCUUACUGAAAAUAUCUUAUGAUUUCAAGAAGCAGUUUGAAGAAACACAAACAAAAAUAUUUGGGAAUUGGAAUGACAAAAACAAAAUUCAUGAAAUUGAAUCAGAACGCAGCAAUGAAGUAGAAUUGAUUGUUGGGGAUAAUAAUUUUGGUUUGAAGGAUAUAUUGAUAGUUGAAAAAGAUGAAAAAGUUGAAGAUUAUUCACAAUUCAUAAACAAUUUGGGAAAAACUGUAACUGUUGAGUUCUCAACUAAACCUUCAUCGAAAGGGCAUUCUCUUGAAGAAACUAAUGAUACAGAACAUAACAACACAAAUGCCAAUAUUACUGACAUACAAAUAAUGAAUGAUCAAUUAAAUGAUAUGAUUGACAAUGAUGAAUAUGAAACUAUAAUUAUUGAGUGUGUGUCUGAUAAUGAUGAAUCAUUUCUGAAUCAAGAUGAAUAUGCACAAAGUCCUUCAGAUGCAGCAAAAAUUAACUCUUUCAUUAUAGAAGGUAAUGGAGUUGAUUAUCAAGUGGUAGAUGGAGACAUAACAAAUAGAAAAAAUGUAAACUGGAGUUCGACAAAUUUAGGUGAUUCUAAGCCAAGAAGGAAGAAGAAAGACAAAAUAGAAAUGAAAGAUAUUGAAAAGUUUAUUAUUUAUGGAACAGGAGAAGAAGAUAGACCUAAUGGAUUUAGAUGUGGAUUUAUCGGAAGUUCUAGUCUUUCACCAAGAAUCGAAGAGAAUGCAUCAGAUAUAAUUGGAGAUAAUAAGAAUACUGACCAAAAUAACUUGCAUAAAAAUGACAAAAUCUCAAUGAAUCAACAUGGAGAUCAUAAUUCAGAAGGAAAUUCAAACAUAAUGAAAAAAAUGGUAAAUGAUAAAUAUGUUUGUGAGAAAUGCUCAAUAUCUUUUGAUUCUGCUAGAAUCUUGAAAAGGCAUUUGGUUUCUGUACAUGAAAUUCAAAACGAUGUUAAACCAAGGAUAUGUAACAAUAAAAGAAAGCCAAGAGAAGUUCAAAUGAAACGUAGAAUACAAAAGUUAAAGGAAAGAUUUAAGAAAAAUCCUAUGUUGUGCCAAAUAUGUGGUUAUAUUUCAAGAUCUUCUGGUGGAGCUAGGUAUCAUUCCUUAACACAUGGUGAAAAGGCUUAUAAAUGUGACUUGUGCCCUAAAAAAUUCUACACACCAAGUCAUUUGAAAAAUCAUUUAGUCUAUAAGCAUGAAAGGCAAACAACCAGGGCGAAGCAUCUUUGUUCUAUAUGUGGUGAAUAUAGAAACUCGUCUACAGCUCUCCUCUAUCAUAUGAAAUUGCAUACAAAUGAUGCAAAAAAAUAUUCAUGCCCUAUUUGUAAUAUAAGAUUUUUAAUGAAAAGUGGCCUGCAAACCCAUAUCAGGAGACAUCUGGGAGAUCGUAGAUUUCCUUGUAAUAUAUGUGAUAAAUCAUUCUUUAGUGGUAAUGAGAGGAAAAAACAUAUUAUGGUACAUACAGGAGAGAGACCAUACAAAUGCAAAUAUUGUGAAAAAAGAUUUGGUUCUACAUUUAAUCAGAAGAUUCAUAUGAUGACUCAUAAUGGACCUCAUUUAUGUAAAAUUUGCCUAAAGGGAUUUGUUAGUGAAGAAAUGUUGAAAUUGCAUUUCAAGUACUACAGGCAUCGUACAUUUUCAAGUAAUUUGGUGGAAUCAUUUGAAGAAAGUCCUGAAUUAGUUGGUUCGGUGAAGGACGAGAAAUACGAGUAUGAUAAAUACGAACUCAUGAUUCAGUCUCCAGGAAGUUGCCCAGAUGAUGUGGUAUUGGAGGACUUGAGUUUACUUGAUGCUACAGAGGGAGAUCCUUUAAACUUUGACGAUGAUGACUGAAAAUAUGGGGGUUUGCAUGUAGUGGAUACUGAUCUGAUUUUUUCAUAUAUAUUCAAAAGGGCUGUAUGUACUAUUUCUUUUCGUUUUCGAUUUUCUUCAGACUUCCUGUAUUCUUCAAAUACCAUUUCCAAUUCAAUAUGACUGAAAGAUGAUAUAAAAUUUAAAAGAAUUAUUCUUGAUGAAGGUCAUGUUAUAUUGGAAACAUUGAAAAAUUUGCAGAAAUUCUUCACAAUUGUAUAUCUAUUCCUAGAAAUGAAUAUAUCUUAACGAUAUACCCAUUAUUGUAUAGUCUGAAAAUGUUUCAAUACUCUUCAUUGUAAAUUUUGAGAGUGAAAUGAAAAUUUCAUUUCAAUUAACAUCAAAUGUAAAUAUAUGAUGUACAUAUUA